AUGCAAAGACACGAAGGAUCAGCACUUUUACUGUUACAGUUACUGUGCUGUUUUACAGCAUUUUUUCUUUGAUAUUAUGUGAAUGUAGUGAGUAUGAUGGCAUUUUUGGUUGUUUGUGGCUGUAGUGGAUUUGAAGGCUUUUGUUUUGAAGAGCCAUUGUAUUGUGUGUGUCUGACUUUCUGUUCGGUCGCUUCCUGGGUUUUUUUUUUAGAGCUGCAGCAAGCAUGGCUAGAUGUUGUUUUGUCUUCGGCGUUUAAUCCUUUGUCAUCCACGGGAAAGCUCAGCUGAAGCAAUGCUUUUUCACCGCAGCAUGUAAGAGGAAGCCAACAGUAAAUGGUCAACCUUACUCUACGUCUCCCUCUCAUUAUUUGCUGUGGUUUAACUCGAUGUUUAGUCAGAGUUGAUACACUCUUGAUAAAAACAUUACAGUGAAAAAGCAAAACUCAAAGGUUUCAAGUGGUUAAAAUGGCAUCGAGCAGCAGGUCAUCUUUGUCCUCCAGUACGAAGACAUCUAAAUCUUCAGCCAGUGUAGCUCAAGCUAGAGCCAAAGCAGAGGCUGCCAAGGUAAGAGCAUCGUAUGCAAGCCAUGAAGCUAAACUUAAGCUGGAGAAGGCUGUCAAAGAAGCAGAAAAAGCUAAAAGGGAUGCUCAAAGUCAACUGGAAACUGUAAAAAUUGACACAGAGUUGGAAAUGUUAAAGUGUCAAUAUAAGGCUGCUGCAGCAGCAGCUGAAGUCUUAGAACAGGCUGAGGCAGUUCAAGUUUUGGAUGAAACGGGAAUGUCUGAUUCGGACAAGGUGAAAAUUGAACGCACUAGCGAGUAUGUUCAGUCUCAAAUUGACCUUAAGAACUCAGAUCAAGCUUCUCCACAGCAUGCUGACGCACAUGCUAAGGACAUUCCAGAAGCAACACACUGUGUGAAAUCUGAGAAGUCUGAAAACGUUGAAGCACAUGAACCAGUGUUUUCACCCAAACCUCAUCUAAAAUCUUACAGCGAAAAAGACUGCCAACCUYUUUAUUCUAAUUAUGUCCCAUUGGCUGCCAGGUCUAGAGAACCAGUUAAUAGAAUAUCGACAUCUGAUCCGUUAGCAGAGUUUUUGGCCAGGCGAGACCUUGUCAGUUCAGGUCUUUACCAUUUCGAUGAUAAGCCUGAAAAUUAUCAAGCCUGGUAUUCUUCCUUUAACAGUGCUAUUAGUGAGGUUCGACUCACAGCAACUCAGGAAUUGGACCUCAUUCCUGUUAAACGUAAACGGCUACGUUCAGUUCAUGUUGGAGAUCCUCAAACAGCUUUGAACAAAGCAUGGGAGAGACUACGUGAGUGUUAUGCUGCUCCAGAGAUCAUUGAAAGGUCUCUGUUUCAAAGACUGGAAAGCUUCCCUACAAUCUCAGCUAAGGAUAAUGUCAGGUUACGAGACCUUGGCGAUUUACUGAUGGAGAUCCAAGGAGCCAAAGAGGAUGGAUAUCUCACAGGACUUGUAUAUCUGGAAUCAGACAAAUAAUUGCAAAGCUUCCUUUUGCGCUACAAGAGAAAUGGAUAUCAGUGGGCUCGUGGUAUAAAGAACAAAACCAGGGUCGCUUCCCUCCCUUUGACUACUUUUCUGACUUUGUGCGCUAUGAAGCAAAGAAGAGAAAUGACCCAAGUUUCAUGAGUCAAGGAAACACAGUAACAUUUGUCAAAUCAGAGAGAGGAAUCAGUAGGAGUUUUACUCAAACAAACCAGUUUUGGUUUCAAAAACUGAUGUCUCAACCAAUGAUGAUUUCAGCAAGACCUGUCCGCUACACAAUAAACCACAUCCUCUCAAAAGGUGCAGGGUKUUCAGGAAUAAAUCCUACAGUGACAAAAUGGCCUUUCUGAAGGAGAAAGGGAUUUGUUUUAAGUGUUGCUCCUCUGUCUCACAUUUCGCUCGAGAUUGCAAAGUCUUCUUAAAGUGUUCUGAGUGCAACAGUGUAAAUCAUGAUACUGUCAUGCAUCCUGAGCCAUYCCCCAAGUCAUCUAAAGCUCCUUCAGCCCAGCAAGACAAUGGCGGGGAGGUUGACAGUCAAGUCAGUGAGGAUAUYGUUUCAAACAGUUGUACAGAAGUUUGUGGUCCAAGUGCAAUGGGGCGAUCWUGUUCAAAAAUCUGCCUUGCAAAGGUUUAUCCCAGUCAUUCCAGGCACAUGGCAAUCAAAACUUAUGUCAUCUURGAUGACCAGAGUAAUCGCUCUUUAGCUAGGCCAGAGUUCUUUGAACAAUUUAAAGUAAAGAGCAAACCCUUCACAUAUCACCUUCGAACAUGCUCAGGCAUGAUUGAAUUGUCUGGCAAGAGGGCAGAUGGAUUUCAGAUUGAAUCWAUGGAUGGGAAGGUCCAGAUUGCACUCCCGUCACUCAUCGAAUGCUCAGAGAUGCCAAAUAACCAGUGGUGGAG